UCUCCGAAUACGGGUGGGCAAAGAACUGCAAGCGGUCGUAUACAAACGGCCCCCACACUGCGAGAGGCAGAACCUGCGCUUCACUGUAGAAACGAGCAGACGAGCCGCGUGCCGCGCUGACACAGCAGAGAAACAGUGAAAAAGAGAGAAAGAGGGAGUAACUUCGACUUCGGCCGCCCCCCAGCGGAGUGCGACCCACGCAAGUCACGAAGUUUUCGGACAUGCAACUCCACCAGCGUCCACAAGCAUAAGGACCACCGGCGGAGGAGAGCGGCUCUUACUCCGAUGAGGCUGGACGCAGGCUCGUGCUCAGUCCAGCGCAGACAUUAGAGAGAGAGAGCACGAUGGCCGAGGAGGACAGCGCUGCCCCCGGGGCCCUGCAGGGCAGCAGUUUCAGCGUGCUCAGCUGGGAGCAAGUGCAGCGGCUGGACAGCCUGCUGACCGAGAGCAUACCCAUCCACGGCCGGGGCAACUUCCCCACGCUGCAGAUGAAGCCGCGGCAGAUCGUGAAGGCCGUGCGGAGGCGCAUGGAGGAGCGCGAACUGCGCGUGCGGGACGUCCGGCUCAACGGCUCCGCGGCCAGCCACGUUCUGCACGAGCACAGUGGCCUGGGCUACAAGGACCUGGACCUCAUCUUCUGCGCCGAGCUGAAGGGAGAGGCCGAGUUUCAGAUGGUAAAAGACAUCGUGCUGGACUGUCUGCUGGACUUUCUGCCCGAGGGAGUGAACAAGGAGAAAAUCACACCCCUGACCUUAAAGGAAGCUUACGUUCAGAAGAUGGUGAAAGUGUGCAAUGACUCGGACCGCUGGAGCCUCAUCUCCCUCUCCAACAACAGAGGCAAGAACGUGGAGCUCAAGUUUGUAGACUCAUUGCGGCGGCAGUUUGAGUUCAGCGUGGACUCGUUCCAGAUCAAACUGGACUCUCUCCUGCUCUUUUACGAAUGUUCAGAGAACCCUAUGGCCAAAACCUUCCACCCCACCAUCAUCGGUGAGAGCGUAUACGGGGACUUUAACGUGGCGCUGGAGCACCUACGCAACAAGGUGAUCUGCACGAGGAACCCCGAGGAGAUUCGGGGAGGGGGCCUGCUGAAGUACUGCCACCUGCUGGUCAGAGGCUUCCGAGCCGCCUCUGAGACGGAGAUGAAGUCUCUGCAGCGCUACAUGUGCUCGCGCUUCUUUAUUGACUUCUCAGACAUCAACGAGCAGCAGCGGAAGCUGGAGUCCUACCUUCAGAACCACUUUGUGGGGCUGGAGGACCGCAAGUACGACUAUCUGAUGACUCUGCAUGGGGUGGUGAAUGAAAGCACGGUGUGCCUGAUGGGGCAUGAGCGGCGGCAGACUUUAGGGCUCAUUGCCAUGUUGGCCGUGCGCGUUUUGGCUGAGCAAAACGUCAUACCAAAUGUGGCAAACGUCACCUGCUACUACCAGCCUGCCCCUUAUGUAGCAGACGGCAACUUCAGUAAUUACUACAUUGCCCAGGUGCAGCCAGUGUUUGCUUGCCAACAGCAACAGCAGACCUACUCAACCUGGUUACCCUGCAACUGAGUGCAUGGAGAAUUAGAGAAAGAGAGAGAGAGAGGAAGAGAGAGAGAAGUUGCAUUUCCAUAAAGAAGCUGAACCAGAUUUGCCAUUUGUCCUGAGCAUUUCAGGGAAGCCAGAGCAAAAAGAUUAUCUACUUUUCCACUCUGAAUUGAAAGCCCCAUGUUCUCCACACUGCAUUAAAGCAUAAUUUGCCAUUAAAAUGGGGCAAAUGAUAGAUCAGCUGCUGCAGACAGGGUUCUGUUGUGAGACUGGAAUUUUGACAGCCUUGCUAACAGACAUCAUGAGGAUCCGGCAUGGCCCUGCCUUGCCAUCUCUGGAAGGAUCUUUUAGGCUUUUUUUCUCAAGCUAACUAACAGUCCUAGAGAAUGCAAGUAAAGAGACACCCAUUAAAGACCCAGCCUCAGCUUGGCUGACACUGUUGUGAACAUUAAAAGUAAAUCUUUACGUGGCCCGAAGACUGGCUGUAUAUUAGUGCUGUUUUGGAGCGCUCCCAUUCUAACUGCAUGCGUGCAGCCAUACUUUCUACAAGUGGUCUGCAUCCAGAUGUGUGGAAGACAGAAAAAAAGGAGUCUCCUUCAAACUCUUUCUUUUGAUCUGACAGGAGUAAGGUGAGGGGUCGACCUAUUUACAUCGGCAAAAAUGAAUCUCAGAAAAAAAAGGUGAUAUUCUUGAUAAGUGUUUACAAAACCAAAGAUUUUAUGAUUGUGUAUGUUUUUAUUGCCCAAAUUUGGAGGUAGUGCUGUCUAUAUUUGUAUAUGUGAAACACGCAUUCUAAGUGCCUAAUGCCAAUGCAGAACAGUAAGGGAAUUACGCAGACCAUUAUAGUUUCUUUCUUUUUUUUUAUGGUGAAUAAACUCCACAAAAAGUCCAUGAUCAUCAUACACGACAAAGGGACUCAAAGCUUGUGAAUGUAUGAGAUGUAUCCUGAUUAACAGUGUGGUUCAAACCUAAGGUGUCAUCAGCUCACAGAUAAGAAAAGACUAUCUUUCAGUUUAGAAAAGAGUGUUUAAAGCAGGACAUCUCAAGAUAUCUGGUGCUUUACUUUUGAAACACUGCAUCGAAAACGGAAGAAAAUGAGUUAGUCGCAUUACCUAUUUCUUAAUUUAUUACUGCUCGCAAUGAGCAGAAUUCAGAGUCAAACUGAAUUGACUCCCUUGACACACCUGUUACUGUAUGUAUCAUAAUUAACAAGAUGGAUUUUUCAUUGCUUGAGCUGUUAGGGAAAAAAUGCAAUCUUGUGGUACAGCAUGAACUUGUUAUACAUUUUGGUUACAGUUCUCAACGAUUAUUACGCUGGCCUUAUUAUAGACAAGUGGAGAAAAAAAAAAUCAGGUGAGAGAGGGGAGCAGAAGCCGGGGCACGGUAGAAAACAAAGAGCUGUCUUAUUGAAUAGAGAGAGGGGAGUGUGUUUCCCUCCGCUGCCUUGACGGACGAUAUUUGUCGAGGCACUUCUGAUGGUGGGACACUAUUUGAUGUAACACCCUAGCAGGGAAUUCCACAGUCACCACUGAAACGGCAGAACUAAAACCGGCUGUGUUCAUGCUCCCUCGCUCUAGCUUGCCGUUCUGUGUGCUCAGUGUUAACCUGACAUUUAGCCUGUACUAACAGAGGGUUAACCUGUUCUUGAUUAAUAGUGGAGAGAGGAAGCAUGUCUGGACGGAUAUUUAAACUUGAGGAGGAGAAGGGGAGAAGGUAGCGAAGUGUGAAAGAGUGCGUGGGAGAGGUGAGGAGAGCACAGAGAGGGAGCUGGGGUGUUGGGUGCAGCUGGUGAUGGGGUUCAUCUCCUCCUGCAAACAGUUUUAAUCAGAACCGCUUCUUCAAAAUGAUCUGGAACCAAGACGCAGUUCUUUAAAGAGACAUAAGCGGGAACCCAGUGUAAUCAAAUACUUAUUUCAAGGAAUGUAGCCCAGAAAAACACUUCAAUCAGUGACUUUUCAAACACGGGUGUUCACUAUUACUAUGCAUCCAUAAAAAAUUCUUCUUUCAAUAAAAGGGCCAAAGAAGAAAAGGGAACUCCAACAACUGCUUGUAUAUGAAAUUAAUUAGGGUCAGCAGGGCCAGAGGAAGAAAUUCAGAGGAAACAUCUGAUUGAGCGCCGUCCCAUGAGGCUGCAUUCCCCAAUCCGCCAGGUCUGCAUUUGAAGGUGUUUGUUUUCUACUGACAGGGCUACUUCUUCCAUAAGCUGCGUGUGCGCCGUAGAGCAAUGCUGAGAUGGAUCAGUCAGUGAAGAGCUUGUGCAUAGACUACGCUGUGUGUCUGUCGCUGAUUCAAGCAGAAGUCUUAAACUUUCUGUCUUUUUUCCAUAUCCUGCUAUUUUAUUUGCUCACAUCUAAUAUUGAGUAGAUUGAUUUGUGGUUUGCACCCAACUGUUGUUGUUUGAUUUGUAACAUUGUUGUUUGAUUUGUAACAUUUUUUCGUCUGUGUCCUGUGGAUGAUGUCCAGAGAGGGAAUUCACACACACACACUCACACACACACACACACACACACACACACACAUAGGGUGAAGGUGAGAAAAGCUCAAACAGUGUCGCUCGGCCCCUCAACUGGAUAAAGCAAGUAGAAUAUGAUGCCGUGUUGCACAGCGUUCUGAACUGAUGUUCACAAAGUCAAAAAAUGAGAGAGAUUUUGUUUUCUCUGUGUUUUUACUAUCAUACUUGUUUUUAUUAAAUGUAUUACACAUUCUAAUUGUCAUUCUGCUUUCAGAUCUGUGGUCAAGCUGCUAAAUGUUGAUUUCUGAACUGCUUUUUUGCAAAUGUUGUUGAUGUGUCCAUUGGGUCGAAGAUUUAAAGGAUUUUUCCUCAAUAAAAAUUUGAAAAACUUC